GAGCUCUGCCUGGAUUACUGGGGCGAUGUGGAGCGGCUGCCCACGUUGGUGAAGUCGAUGCACCAGAAGAAGCCCAUGCAGGUGAAGUACGGCAAGGGCGAUAAAGCCAAAACGUAUGCCUUUGCGGUGGAGGAGGUCAAGGCGUACCACCUGGCCUGGGUGUGUUAUGCGCCGACCACUGGCAAGUACAACCGGGCCACGUACUCGCAGCGCCACCUGUGCUUGCGCACCUUCCUGCAGAAGAACCCGCAGGUGGUUUUCCAGUCCCCCGAGCCCGCAGGAAGCUGGCCUUCCGAUGGCGACUACGAGGACAUG